UCCGCCGUCAGCCCCACUCGCGCACGCAGCUGCAGCAGCAGCAGACCACGCCCGUCCGGCGCUCGGAUCGUAGCUUAGCCCGGUCGGGAUGAGGCAGCUGAUCCGUCGGCUGUCACGCGUGGGCGACGACUCCUCGCCGCCCGCGUCGCCGUCGUCGAAGCGGCGGGGCGGGGGCGGGGGCGGGAGGGCGGUGGUGCCGGAGGGGCACGUGCCGGUGCACGUCGGGGACGGGAGCGAGGCGGAGCGGUUCCUGGUGCGGGCGGAGCUGCUAGGCCGGCCGGCGCUGGCGGAGCUCCUGGGCCGCGCGGCGCAGGAGUACGGCUACGACCACCAGGGCCCGCUCCGCAUCCCCUGCUGCUCCCCCGCCGCCUUCCGCCGCGCGCUCGCCGACUGCUGCUAGGCACCCGAACCCAGCCCAGGCACGGCCCGAUUUAGUCCUCGCACGGGCCGCCUGGAAGAUUAUUAAUUAGCUUUGGGCCUGGCCUUGUUUUCUUUUUCCGUUAUUAUCGUUCGGUGUAAUGUACCACCUGUAAGGACGGGUAGUGUACUAGAGUACUGCCAGUACUCCAGUAGUUGUAGUACUCUACAGAAUUGGAAUGCUACUGGUCUAUGAUGAGUGUGAUGCUUGGAAGAAAUAUAUGUCGUUGCACA